AAGUAUCAAGUUUUCCGGAAAAUCGGCAUCCGUAGUCUUUGUUUCAAAUGCGUAUGCACGCAUGCGCCGUGAGGCAGUGCGGGACAGAAAAUGGCAGACGUCUCUUUGGAUGAAGUAAUACGACGGCGCGGCAUCAACCUCAAGACACCAAUUAAAAGACCAAUGUUCGGACGGGGUGCAGGAGGAACUGGCAAGGGGUUUGACGCCCGGCAGAGGAUAGGGGUCAACGAUGUUAGGCAGCGGCUUGGAGGAGGAGCAGGGUCGCCUCUCUCCCCUCAUCUGCUCUUAGGGUUUCAAGUUAAAGACGCCAGAGAAAUGCUGGGCCAGAAAGAUGCCCGCUUCAAAAUCCGAGGCAAAGGAGGAGCAGGAGGAGGAGCAGGAGGAGGAGCGGCGGGAGGAGGAGGAGGAGGAGCAGGAGGAGUGAAGGACGCUCGUCAGAUGAUCAACUCACGCAAAGAGGGGCAGAUUCAGAUCAACGUCCCCUUACAGACCACCACACAAAAGACCGCAGUAACACACCAACUACAGAGCCAGACACAUGUGCCACAGAUGCAGAUGCACACCAACCACAACCUCUCAGGUGUGAAUCUGAGACAUCUCACCCGUAAUGUACAAGGACUGAAUGUGAGGGGCAGCGUAACGCCACAGCCGGGCAAUAAUCAGAGAGUGAUGGACGCUCGCGAUAGGCUGAGCCUGAAGCGGAGCAUCGGAGGGACACAGACACAAACCGCUACGGCGCCGCCACUAAAAAUAACCAAAACCAUCCAGCAGCGACCUUUAGGGAUGCCCGGAGGAAUACGUGCAGCCACACAGCCCGUCUCUAACGAGCAUGAUGGCAUCGCCAACAAACAAAUGAAGUUCAUGACAGCUAACAGCGGGCUACCAUCACGGCCGGGUACUCUGGGCUCCACGUUCUCCAUGUCAGGCCCGAUCACCAAGGUGGUUAAAAAUGAUGCGUACACGGCUCCACGCCCUCCCGUCCCCGUGGCUCCCACCCGGCCCAACACCAGCACGGCUGCUGCUGCCCGGUCCUCCGCUGCGGCCUUACAGCCCGUCUCCAGAACUCUGCAGCAACACACAGCAGAAGCUGCCACACCAGCUCCUGCCCCCCCGCAGGUAACCCCCCCCCCCCCCUUCUCGUCCACUCUCCUAACAUGCGCCUGCUUCUUCACACGAUGUCGUUUUUCUUUGCAGCCUGCUUUCAGUCCAUUGGAGGGGACGAAAAUAACUGUGAACAACCUUCACCCCCGGGUCACCGAGGAGGACAUCGUUGAAUUGUUCUGUGUGUGUGGCGCCUUGAAGCGAGCCCGGCUGGUGAAGCUGGGCGUGGCCGAAGUGGUGUUUGUACGUAAAGAGGACGCAGUGAGCGCUUACAGGAAGUACAACAACCGCUGCCUGGAUGGGCAACCGAUGAAGUGUAACCUUCAUAUCCAGGGAAAUGUCAUCACUUCUGAUCAGCCCAUUCUGUUGAGGCUGAGCGACACUCCCGGCACCGGCAGCAGCACAAAGAAAGACGGCCUGCCCCCCUCCUUGUCUCGCCCCGCCGGUCAGCGAGCCUCCUCUCAGCCCACUCCUGAAGUGGACCCUCAGACCAUCCUCAAAGCGCUGUUCAAGUCCACGGCUCAGUCCUCCUCCUCCUCCACCACCGAGCCGCCCAGCUCACAGGCCACCGCCUUCCGCAUCAAGAUUUAGCCUCGUGUCUCUGUUCAUGAACGUGUUUCUGCAUUCUCAGUGUUCACACAUACAAACCUUGAUUUCCAUUCUCGCAUUAGAAACCGAUUUUUACACGUUUGAUAAAAACACGACUACCUGGAACGUAAGAUUCAUGGAUAGAAAACAUCUCGAUUUCGUUUUUUUUUUAGGCACCGAAAUGUUAAACGAUGAAGACAGAAGGAAGUAUACUCAUAUUAGUUCUUUUAAUCCAGUGUGGUGAGGGAUGCCAAAUUAAACCAGGUGUUUUUGUAUUUUCUUAAAAUUCUUCAAGUCGUCUCGGCCCAAUUCAUCUACAAUCCAUUUUUAACACUCUGAAUAUUAGCUCCUCCCACAGAAGAGAAAGAAGGACCUUAAAAAACGUCAUUUUGAUGUUAAUCCCCCAUUUCCACAUACUCCUCGGGCGCCGUCAGCGAGCACUGCGCCGCCGUUCACUGCCACUCUGGUCAAUGAUUGUGUUUCAACAGCAGCGCCACAACGCUCUGCAGGUCUGUUUUCUACGGAGCUCGCUACAAGCAUGCGUCAAGCUGUCGACCCGACAGGAAGUCAGCAAAGGAAACGCACAGAACGUCCGGGCCAUUUCAAAAUAAAACAACAUACAGACACACAAUCGUUUGCACGUUUUUUUCUCUCUUUAUUCCUGCGUUGUCUUGUAGUUCUGUGUGUUCAGCUGCUCGUUCCUGAAUCUGACCCAGCAGGGCGCCGCAGAGCAAAACCUCGGCACUGACGGACCGUGGCGCACGCGGAGUAUGUGGAAAAGAGUCUUAGGAAACUUAAAGGUUAAAUUAAAGGUCUGAGGUGUGCUCGGUUAUGGCGUCUGUUUCUCUGGGUUCACAGAUGAAACUCUUCAUUAAAGUUUUAACAGCUGAUGAAACGAGUAUCCGGAGGGCGAGGAGGUCGUCAGCACGUCUGUAAGAGUUUACCUGGAACAUGUGCGAGUGUAAAUCAGGGACGUGCAGAAACUCUAAACACCAUAAUGUCAGUUAACAGCUAACAAACGGUCCCGUUCUGUUUCUCUUCCCAGCAGAUCGUCGUGUUUGUGACUGGUUUCUCUUCGUACACUUUUCAUUCUUUCUCUGCAUACUUUGGAUUCAUUUAUGUUCGAGGACUGUAAAUCGCUUUUUUUGUUUUUGUUGUUGUUGCUCUCUUGGUUUUUGUCGGUGAAGAGACGAGAGAGAGAGAGAGAGAGAUCAGAUCUGUGUGUGAAAUGUUGUCAUUAAACAUUUAGCUUUGUA